AUGGACGCGAAGGCGAAGUCGGAGGGCGAAAGUCGAAUGGCCGUCCGCCAGGAACUUCAAGAGUGGAGCCGGGCCUGGGAGAAGAGGGAAACUGGGGAAACUUUGCAUGUCCUUUGGGGGGCACUGCAGGGGCGGGUGGCUUUUGAGGUGCGGGAGAGGCUGGGCUUUCAUCUGGUGAUGCAGAUCCACUUGGAGAUGUUGAAGGAAAGGCUGGCUGUUGAGGAGGUGGUGGACUUCCACUUGGAGAUGUUGAAGGAAAGGCUGGCUGUUGAGGAGGUGGUGGAGAUCCACUUCGAGAUGUUGCAGGAGAGGCUGGCUGUUGAGGAGGUGGUGGAGAUCCACUUCGAGAUGUUGCAGGAGAGGCUGGAUACUGGGGAGGUGUUGGAGAUCCACUUCGGGAUGCUACAGGAGAGGCUGGCUGUUGAGGAGGCGUUGGAGAUCCACUUGGAGAUGUUGCAGGAGAGGCUGGAUACUGGGGAGGUGUUGGAGAUCCACUUGGAGAUGUUGAAGGAGAGGCUGGCUGUUGAGGAGGUGUUGGAGAUCCACUUCGAGAUGCUACAGGAGAGCCUGGAUACUGAGGUGUUGGAGAUCCACUUCGAGAUGCUUCAGGAGAGGCUGGAAACUGCGGAGGUGUUGGAGAUCCACUUCGAGAUGUUGAAGGAGAGGCUGGAAACUGCGGAGGUGUUGGAGAUCCACUUCGAGAUGUUGAAGGAGAGGCUGGCUGUUGCGGAGGUGUUGGAGAUCCACUUGGAGAUGUUGCAGAAGAGGCUGGCUGUUGCGGAGAAGACGGAGAUGGGACUCGGGGAGUUGGAGGUCCAGUGGGGGAUGGAGUUCGAAGCCGAGGGGAUUCAGAAAGGGGUGGAAGAUCUUCCUCCGAGGAUGAACUUGCAUGCCUGGAGGAAGCUCCACUCUGAGGCGGGAGUUGAAGGCCGGAAGCAGGCUCGGGGGAGGACGGAAACUCCGGCGAAGUUUGAGGUUCGGGCGUGGAUGAUGGGAGUUCUGGCGAAGAGCUCUCAGCUCUCCGGGGUGAAGUGCCAAGAGUUGGUGGAAAUUGAGGUAAAGAUGCGGGUUCUUGAGGAAAAGAUACAGGUUCAGGCGAAGGGGGAGGCGGCGGCGAAGAGGGAGGCUGAGGAACCGAAGGCGGAGGCUGAACUUGGGGUGGAGGAUCAGGCUGAGAGGGAGGCUCGGGGGGAGGAACCGGCGAAGCCUCUCCAGAGCCUCCGCAGGGGCCUUCUUCCCCUUCCUCUUCAGUGGCGAGGCGGCGGAAGUGCGUUCGGGGCUGGGAGGAAGACAAGUGAGAGAAGCACUUAA